CUAGCGAGCGCUGAUCCCGGAAAGUGAGAGCGGAUCACGUGACCGCGAUAUCGAGGCUCUUCAUUGUGGGGGGAAAAAGCGAGGCAUAUCGCGAUAUUGGGGUCCGGGCUGACAGGAUCGGCGCCCGGGAAACGUCGGCGGCAGGAGAUGGAGAAACAAAACGAGACGUUCGGCAGCCGGCAAGACGAUGAAAGACCGAGCGACGGAAUUACCCGAGGAGAGGAGAGUGGCAGCGAGGGGCCGGCCCAGGGCCGCAACCUGAGGAAGCGCAGGCAGUAUUUCUGUUCGGAGUGUGAGGAGUGCUUCACGGGCAGCCGGGAACUAGAAAGCCACCGCCGAGUCCACAGCGGGGAGAGGUCUCACGAGCGAGACAUCCGCAGAGACAGCUUCACUUCCACAUCCAAGCUGAGUAAUCACUCAAGCGAGCCCUCAGCGUCCGAGACCCCCCCCACGGACCCCGUCGCAGACAGUCCGUGGCCGGACGAUAAGCCGCAUCAGUGCAAAUACUGCGACAAGUGCUUCCGAGACAAGUCAAUCCUGGAGAUCCACGAGCGCGUGCACACGGGAAAGCUGGCGUUCCCAUGCACCAUGUGCGAGGAGAGCUUCUCCAAGCCGUCGGUGCUCGUCGAGCACAUCAUCGCGCAUGGCGACAAGCCUUUCCACUGUAACCAGUGCAGCAAGAAAUUCAACGACCACUCGCUGCUCGUCGUGCACCAGCGCACGCACGAAGACGAAGUGCCGCAAAAGUGCGAGCGCUGCAACAAGUGGUUUCCCGACCAGAGGAGCCUGGAUGCCCACGGAGACUGCCAGCUGCAGCCCAAGCCGUACAAGUGCAGGCACUGCGUGAAACGCUUCAACAGCCAGUCUCUGCUGAUCAUACAUGAAGGCGUGCACACGGACUCCAAGCCCUUCCAGUGCACGGAGUGCAGCGAGGGCUUCUACCUGAAGAAACAGCUCGACUCCCACCAGGUCAUACAUGCCCCCAAGAAGCCCUUCCCGUGCAGCCGGUGCGACAAGAGCUUCAACAAGGAGGAGACGCUGCACAUCCACAUGCACGUCCACAACGCCAAGUGACAAGCGCUGGGGUGUUGCGCGGGCUGCUCGGGUGUUGCGCUGCGCGAUGCGGCGGAGGACGACGUGGAUUCACCGCGUCUGGUAACUUGCACGCUUUCGGCAGGUACAGCGCUGAGUACUGGGGUCCGUCAGCGUGAAACCUGCCGUACACUUGUGUUGAGGGUCUCUAUGUGAGGCAUGCUGGGUGCAAUGAGUUACCUUGGAGGUGACAGGAAAUGUGGCCCCUCGUUCCCCUUUAUUUGGCCCCAAAAUAUAUUUAUUUCACCGGAGAUAUUUCAGGGUCUGUCCAGCAGGGGGCCAUCGCCUCACACAGCGUUAAUUAUCGGUUCCAUGCGUGAAGAAGCCGCUUGGCUCGGGGAGCCUUAUGAUUCCUGCCACCUGAACCGAGAAUAAAGGUUCGUUUUGGUUCAGUUU